AUGAUUCAGUUGGGAUCAAUAAUGUCAUCCUUUCAAGAAGUUCCAUCUUCAGCUAGCACUUUGCAGACUUCCAAUUUUGCCCAUGUGAUUUUUCAAAAUGUGGCAAAAAGUUACCUUCCAAACACACAUCUUGAAUGUCACUACACUCUGACCCAGUUUAUCCAUCCUCAUCAAAAAGACUGGGUUGGUAUUUUCAAGGUUGGUUGGAGUACUGCAAGAGAUUAUUACACGUUUCUUUGGUCACCUAUGCCAGAAAAUUAUGUGGAAGGAUCAACUGUUAAUUGUGUGCUGACUUUUCAAGGAUACUAUCUACCAAAUGAUGAUGGAGAGUUUUACCAGUUCUGUUAUGUGACUCAUAAAGGAGAAAUCCGUGGAGCAAGCACACCUUUCCAGUUUCGUACCUCUUCCCCUGUUGAAGAAUUGCUCACUAUGGAAGAUGAAGGAAACUCUGAUAUGUUAGUGGUGACCACAAAAGCUGGACUACUUGAGUUUAAAAUUGAAAAAAUAAUAAAAGAAAAAGAAGAGUUAUUAAAGGUAACUUCUGUUCUGGAAAAGGAAACAGCACAACUCCGAGAUCAAGUUGAAAGACUGGAAAAAGAACUUAGCCAUGAAAAGCAGAGAUAUGACCAACUGCAAACAGAGCAAAAGAAUAAUAUUCAAACAUCAGAUGCUCUUAAAACUGAAAUUGAUGAUUUGAAGAAGAAGCACGAUGAGGCUGCUUCAAAAGUUCUCCAGCUUGAAGAAGAUAUCAUGACUGUUACUCAAAAAGCCAUUGCAAAAGAAACGGAGUUAGACAGUUUGAAGGACAAACUGAAGAAAGUGAUGCUUGAGAAGGAGCAACUUGAAUGUGUGUUAAAGACAGAAAAGGAUGAAAAAGAACUUUAUAAGAUACACUUGAAGAAUACAGAAAUAGAAAACACCAAGCUAGUAAAAGAAAUCCAGACGUUUAAGAAUUUGGAUGCAAACAAAGAAAACAUGAUAUCGUAUUAUAAGGAGGAGGUUGGCAGAUUACAGCUAUUUAUAGCUGAAAAAGAAAAUAUGAAGAAAGCUUUUUUGCUCUCCUCAUCAAAUAAGGAGGAUGCAAGUAUUUUAAAGGAACAGCUUCGGAAAGCUGAAGAUCAGAUUCAGGCUAGCAAACAAGAAGCUGUCUUAAUGUCAAAAGAGCUGAGUGAUGCAGUAAAUGUAAGAGAUAAGACAAUGGCAGAUCUUCACAGUGCACGUCUGGAAAAUGAAAAAUUGAAAAGGCAGCUGACUGAUGCUUUAGCUGAGCUUAAGAAAAUCACGACUUUGAAAAAUGAACAGGAAACUUCAAACACGGCAGAGCAGGAACUACGCAGAGAAGUCGAAGAUCUGAAGCUCCGUCUGCAAAUGGCUGCUGAUCAUUACAAGGAAAAAUUCAAAGAAUGCCAAAAGCUUCAAAAACAAGUAAACAAGUUCACAGAACAGGCAAAAAUUGCAGGGCAUCAGCAGAAACUGACAGAUGCAUCUAACAUUGCGACAGCUACUGCCGUUGUUACAGACAAAAAGUUGUCUGCAUCUCCAGUUAGCCCCAUUUCAUCUGACAUAGUUUCGGAAUUCAUGGUAAAGGAGCAAGUACGUGAAAUGAAUAAAGAAAUUGCUGAGAAAACAGAGAAGUAUAAGAAAUGCAAGCAAAUGUUGGCAGAUGAGAAGAUGAAGUGCAGUGUUUAUGCUGAUGAGCUUGCUAAACUGGAGCUGAAGUGGAAAGAGCAAGUGAAAAUCAACGAGGGUAUAAAAUUACAGCUAGCAGCAAUGGAGGAUCAGUAUAAAGUUCAGCUGGCGGAAAAAGAGAGACGAAUAAAGGAACUGGCAUCACAGUUGGAACUCUUUACCAGUGAGAAGGAACUUGGCAGGACACCAGGAAAUCAGGCUGGAAGGAUGAUGGAAGGACAGGUUUCACAACAGACAUUACAUUUUCGCAACCCGUAUUCGGAGGAAAAUGGACCAGUUCCUGCAGUGCCAAGCAGACUUCCAGUAUUGCAAUAUGGAAACCCUUAUGCAAUUCAAGAAAGAAGAGAUGGAGCAGAUGGUGCUUUUAAUCCUGAUGAGAUCCAGAGACCACCUGUUAGAACUUCUUUCUGGGAGCUAGAAGAUGACGUAGUGUGCAGUCAGCCUUCACGCAACCUUAGUCGGCCUGAUGGUUUGGAAGAUCCUGAGGAUAGCAAUGAUGAUGAUAACACUGUACCUUCUGCUCCUGAUCCUCCAAGUCUUCUUCUGCAUGAACGUGGAACAGGUUUCUGCUUUGAUGCCAGCUUUGAUGUGCACAAGAAGUGCCCUCUCUGCCAUGUGAUGUUUCCACCUAACUAUGACCAGAGUAAGUUUGAGGAACACGUGGAGAGCCACUGGAAGGUGUGUCCCAUGUGCAGUGAGCAGUUCCCACCUGACUACGAUCAGCAAGGGUUUGAGAGGCAUGUUCAGACACACUUUGAUCAGAACGUAUUAAACUUUGACUAA